AUGAAGACUUUAAGGAUGUCAUCUUACGAAGAAAUUGCUAAGAACGCACGUCUGGCAGGCAAUAUAUUGAAAACAAUUUCCAAUAGCGACCGCUCCAAAAUUCUUUACAAGGUUCACGAUGGCCUAAAGGAAAAUUCAGCAGCAAUCGAAGCAGCUAAUCGUCUGGAUCUUCAAAUUUCCAAGAACAAUGGACUAUCUGAAUCGCUAGUAAAGAGACUGGAUCUGUUUAAGGGGGACAAGUUCGAAACUAUGUUACAAGGUAUUAAAGAUGUGGCCGACCUCGAGGACCCUGUGGGAAAAAUUAAAAUGGCGCGCGAACUUGAUGAUGGAUUGACUCUUUAUCAACUUACAGCACCAGUCGGUGUGAUUUUGGUUAUUUUUGAAUCUCGUCCAGAAGUGAUUGCAAACAUAACUGCGCUUGCAAUCAAAUCCGGAAAUGCCGGAAUUUUAAAAGGCGGCAGAGAAUCAGUAAAUACAUUUAGAGAAAUGGCUCGCAUCAUUAAUUCAACGAUAGCCAAGUUUGAGAAGGAAACCGGUGUUCCAGAAGGUGCAGUUCAGUUAAUUGAGACAAGAGACGAUGUUUCGAACUUGUUGAUGCAAGACCAGUAUAUUGAUUUAGUCAUUCCUCGUGGUUCCAACGCCCUUGUCAAACAAAUCAAAUCGUCAACAAAAAUCCCUGUGUUAGGGCAUGCCGAUGGUAUUUGCUCCAUUUAUCUAGAUGAGGAGGCCGAUUUGGAAAAAGCCAAGAGGAUCACUCUUGAUGCAAAAACAAACUAUCCUGCUGGCUGUAAUGCAGUGGAGACUUUAUUAAUAAAUAAGAAGUUUCCAAACUGGUAUGAAGUGCUACUGAAUUUAAGCAACGAAGGCGAUGUGACAGUUCAUGUCACAGAAGAAGUAAAAGAUGCUUAUGUUUCCAAAUUGAAGGAGUUGAAUAAAUAUAGUGCAAAAAUUGCAUCCAAAACUGUAGAUAUAAACGAAGAACAAGAUUUUGACGGCGAAUUUUUGUCUCUUGACUGUGCCGUUAAAUUUGUUUCAUCAACACAAAAUGCUAUUGACCACAUAAAUACCCACUCCUCUAAACACACUGAUGCCAUCAUAACAGAGAAUGAGCAUGACGCCGAGCUUUUCUUGAAAGGUGUCGAUUCCUCCGGUGUCUACUGGAAUGCAUCGACCAGGUUUGCUGAUGGUUUCAGAUACGGUUUUGGAACAGAAGUUGGGAUUUCUACUUCGAAAAUUCAUGCUCGUGGACCUGUUGGUUUAGACGGUCUUGUUACCUAUCAAUACCAACUUCGCGGAAAUGGACAAGUUGCAAGUGAUUAUCUGGGUGCUGGUGGUAAGAAAGCAUUUGUUCAUAAGGAUCUAGAUAUUAAAAAUAUUACCUUAUGA